AUGUUCCUACAAGCAAGCAUCCUCUCAUUGCUCGCCUUCGCGGCAGCCAAUCCCCUGGCGAGGCAACCCUUCCUGAGCCCGUUGAUUCCAAGUGGCCAGAUAGUGGGUGGCAAGGACGUCAAUAUCGAGGAGGUACCGCACCAGGUAUCCCUUCAAUCCUCUGGCAUGAGCUUCUGCGGUGGUAGCAUAAUCGCUGAUCAAUGGGUGGUCACGGCCGCCCAUUGCAUGGCCUACCCAGCUGACUGGAUGACCGUACGCGCUGGCACCACGACCAAGUCCUCCGGAGGAAGUGUCCACAAGGUGGCUGAGAUAAUCAUCCACGAGGACUACGUGACGAAUUAUUACGGUGUCCCGGAGAAUGACGUCGCUGUGAUGAAACUCAGCACCCCGUUCAAACUGGACAAGACCAGGCAGCCGAUUCGUAUCUUCAAGCAGAACGAGGAAUCCAAGGUGGGAAUCAACGCUGUGGUCUCUGGAUGGGGCGCAGUCAGGGAGGGCGGUUCCACAGCUGAAGUCCUUCAAGCGGUCAACGUUCCCAUCGUAUCCAAAAGCGUGUGCAACAAGGCCUACCAACCAUACGGCGGUGUCCCAGCUGGACAGAUCUGCGCCGCUGUACAAGAAGGAGGAAAGGAUGCCUGCCAGGGCGACUCUGGCGGCCCUAUGACCAUCGGUGGUCGUCUUGCUGGUCUCGUAUCCUGGGGAUACGGUUGCGCCAGACAAGGAUACCCCGGCGUUCACACGGAAGUCGCUGCUUUCAGCGACUGGAUCGUCUCGAAAACUGGCAUCAAAGUCUAA